AGAUAUAUUGGUAUGAUCAUUUUUUUUAAUGGAAGAUGAUUGAAAGUGGAAACCUAAACCAGGAAGAAACAAUUAAAGAACUGUGUUUGUGCAAUGGUUUAUCUUAUGAGAAGGUUGGACAAGAAGGAUCAGAUACUUCAAAACUGGAGAUGUUCUUCUCAGGGUAUCCCCAUAUAGUUGGAUUAUCAUUAUUUCCUAACUUAACAAGUCUUACAAUUGUUGCUCAAGAUAUAAAAGAAAUUUCAGGGUUAGAGACUUGUUUACAACUUAAAGAACUUUGGAUUGCUGAGUGUUGCAUAGAGAAAAUUGGAGGUCUUCAAGAAUGUAGAAAUUUGGAAAAACUAUAUUUAUAUUAUAAUAAAAUAUCCAAAAUAGAAAACUUAGAGAAAUUAAUUAAAUUGGAAGUUCUUUGGCUGAACCAUAAUACAAUUAAAAGUAUUGAGGGCUUGCAAACUUUGAAGAAUUUAAGUGAUCUCAACCUUGCUGGAAAUUUCAUAAGCACCAUUGGUCGAUGUCUUGACCCCAAUGAACAACUGGAAAAAUUAAACCUUUCUGGUAAUCAAAUAUGUUCCUUCAAGGAACUCACUAACUUAACCAGGCUGCGUUGCUUAAAGGAUUUAUGUCUGAAUGAUCCUCAAUAUAAAAGCAAUCCAGUCUGUCUGCUGUGUAAUUAUUCUACACAUAUGUUGUAUCACUUGCCAUGCCUUCAAAGACUUGACACAUUUGAUGUGUCAGCAAAGCAAAUCAAGGAACUGGCAGAUACCACAGCAAUGAAAAAAAUAAUGUAUUACAAUAUGCGUAUAAAAACUGUUCAGAGGCAUCUUAAUGAAGAUCUUGAAAAACUGAAUGAUCGAAAGUGCAAAUUACAAAAGUUGCCAGAAGAACGGAUAAAAUUAUUGAGCUUUGUGAAAAAAAAUUUGGAACAAGAACUGGCUGAACUCAAGGGUUCCAGCAAAGGGCACAAUGAUAGAUCCAAUAAUAAUAAAGUAACUGAGCUUGAAAAAUCAAAGAAUUGUGAAACUGUCACAGAAGAACCAAGUCUUCAACAAAUGAUACAGGCCAAAAUAAAUGCCUUGAAUGAAAGGGUAACAUUCUGGAACAAAAAACUAGAUGAAAUUGAAGCAAUUUAUCGUAUUGAAGUAAAGCAAAAGAAGAAAAGUCAUGGCUUAUUGAUCCCAUUUUUGUUAAUUGAGUUGGAGACUGUGGGAAAUAUCCAUUUUGAAGAAGGCACUCGAUCUGAUGACUGGUUUAAUUCCUGCAAUGAAUUAAUCCUAUCACGUUUUUGUACAUGGGACUUCAGAAAGUAUGGUAUUACAGGAGUAAAAGUAAAACGUGUCAUUAAAGUCAACAAUCGUAUACUGAGACUAAAAUUUGAAGAGAAAUUUCAAAAGUCUUUGGACAAUGAAGAUAUGCAUGAUUCAGAGAGCUAUCGAAAGAUGCUGGAAUGCCUUUUUUAUGUUUUUGAUCCCGAAGUUACAGUGAAGAAAAAGCAUCUGCUACAAAUACUUGAAAAAGGAUUCAAAGAGAGUGAAACAAGCAAGCUGCCUCUCAAAAAAGAAGCCGUUGUUCUUGCUAAUAACCUCAGUAUAUGUGAGUGUCCCAGAAUUGAAUUUCUACAGCAAAAGUACAAGGAUGAGAAGAAAAACUCUCUUGAGCAUGAGCUCUUCAGACAUGGCAUCCUACUCAUUACAAAGGUUUUCCUUGGCCAGAGUGUUCAGGCUUGUGAACAAGAAUCCAUCAAUCAAGCCAACUAUCCAAUGGUUAAUUCAGUGUUCAUUCCUCGGAAAUAUUUAUUAAAUUCCAUCCUGGGACAAAGAAACUGUGAUUGUGGCUUUCGGCAGUGCAAGUGGUUUGUCUUUGAUCAUGACCUUGUUUUGCCAGAAUACAUUGUUGAAUUUGAAUACAUUACAGUGGUCAAGCCUCAGUCUUUAUUUUCUUCAUUCAACAACAUUAUUGUAGAAGAAAGCAAAAAAAUUUCAGAAGGAUCAUUAUUGUCCCAAGAUUUGAAAUUUGAUGAUGAAGUUAUGAAAAUGGAGCCCAGGAUUAAGCCCCGACCAAAACUUAUUAGUUUGGAUGAUAAAACAAUACUUUCCAUUGCCAAGACUAGCAUUUAUAGUCAUAUUGUGAGUCUGAAUCUGCAUGGAAACAGCUUGAGUAAAUUGAGAGAUCUCUCCAAGUUAACAGGACUUCGAAAACUGAAUAUUAGCUUUAAUGAAUUUACUUGUUUAGAUGAUAUAUACCACUUGCCAGCCACAUUGAGGCUGAGUGUUAUUGGCCGAUUAAAGACUCUUACUCAGUUAAAUGGACUCCUCAUUUCUGAAGAAGAAGCAACAGCAGCUAUGAAAUUUAUUACUGGAGCAAAGAUUACUCAGUUAUCUCUCUUACGACGUUCUAGCACUGAGGAGGAGAGACCACGGAUACUUAGUAUAUGGCCUUCUGCCAAAAUUCUGACACAGAUUUCAAAGUUAGGACCACAUUUACAUCCGAGUGGAAACUGGUACUUGAAGAUAACUGCCUUAAAUUUAGAUGGGCAACAUCUCUUUGAAAUCACAAAUUUAGAAAAAUUGGAAAAUUUGAAAUGGGCAUCAUUCAGCAAUAAUAAUCUCACGAAAAUAGAAGGAUUAGAAUCCUGUAUUAACUUGGAGGAGCUAAUAUUAGAUGGAAACUGCAUCUCAAAGAUAGAAGGCAUUUCCAAGCUGACUAAAUUAACCCGCCUCAGCAUAAAUAAUAAUCUUCUCACUGGUUUGGAAAAGCAUACUUUUGAUAACAUGCUUCAUCUUCACUCCCUUUCUCUUGGGAACAACAAAAUCACUUCAUUGAUUGGUUUACAAAAAACUUUUACUCUAAUUGAAUUAUACAUAAGCAAUAACUAUAUUACUGUCAAUCAGGAGAUCUACAAUUUAAAGGGUUUAUGCAACUUGGUCAUUCUAGACACAUAUGGAAACAUUAUUAUAUGGAAUCAAGAAAACUAUCGGUUGUUUGUAAUAUUUCAUCUUCCGGAACUGAAAGCUUUGGAUGGAGUCUCAAUUGAACCACCGGAGACUGAGAGUGCAAAAGAUUUAUUUGGUGGCCGACUUACUUCUGACAUGAUUGCAGAACGACAGGGACAUUCAAAUUUCACCCAAAUGGAAGAACUAAAUUGGACUUCAUCAUCCAUCAGAACUGUAGAUUUGAUUCCAGUUGACCGAUUUAGAAAUGUGUGUAAUGUGAAUCUACAGAACAAUAAUCUUACCUCAUUCAGUGGAUUAAUCUAUCUGCCUAAUGUUAAGGUCUUAUGUCUCAACAAUAAUCAUAUUGAAUCAAUCAUGCCCAGACUAAAACCUCAGACUCACUUAACUAACAGGCAACUACUCUACCAGAAAGUGCCUUCAAGUGGCUAUGGACAGCAAGGAACUUCACAAAAAAACAGAGAUACAAUGAGCAGUGAAAAUUUACCUCCAGUGAUGCUCAGUUUAGAAGUUCUUCAUUUGGGCUACAAUGGAAUUUGUAAUUUAAUCCAGCUACAACUUAACAGGCUAAGAAAUUUAAAAUUUCUCUUUCUGCAGGGGAAUGAAAUUAGUCAAGUUGAAGGGCUUGACAAUUUAGUAGUCCUUCAAGAAUUGGUAGUGGACCAUAACCGCAUCAGAGCAUUUCAUGACAGUGCUUUUGCCAAACCAAGUUCUCUGUUGGCACUUCACCUGGAGGAAAACAGAGUGCGAAAACUGAGCAAAUUACAACCUUUGGUAAAACUAGAGAAACUCUUCCUAGGAUAUAAUAAAAUACAGGAUAUUGCUGAACUGGAAAAACUUGAUGUUAUCUCUUCUCUCAGAGAGCUUACAGUGUAUGGCAAUCCAAUUUGUAGAAAAAUGCUACAUCGCCACGUGCUCAUAUUUCGACUGCCUAAUUUACAGAUGUUAGAUGGAAUUCCUGUGAAUUCAGAUGAUAGGGCAAAAGCUGAACUUCACUUCUCUGAACUACAAGCAAAGAAAAAUUUGUCUAUUCCUGUUACCAACUCUCUUAUGGAUGGUGGAUCAUCUGGCCAAGUGAAAGCUCCUCCCAUAAAGAUAACAAAUGUAAUUCUUCCUGGUGGAUUUAGCCAUUACUUGGCAUCUGACUUCACUUUAACUCCUGAAGUUGAAGAAUUCCUGGGAGCAACUUUCCAAGAUCAAAUCGAAUGUAACUGCCUAAGGAGAAAUGAGAGAAAUAACCUAAGAAACCUAUUUCUGUUUAGCAGUUGUGUAAAAACUAGCAGACAGUGGUCAGUAAACAAAAAAAUAAGAUAAUCAUGUUACUUAUGUUACUAAAGCACUUCAGUUCCAUAUGAAGAUAAUCUAUCUUUAUACUUGAUGAAUUUGAUUUAAUAUCACCUCUCUUAAACUUUCUUUAUGGCUAUCUUAAAUAUUUGUUUGAUUUUCUAUAUUAUAAAAAUCAUGACGUAUUAUUUCAUACAACAAUUUGAAAAGGCAAAAGUGACAUGAAAGAAAGUCAGAGAAUCAAAUGCUUAGUUCUGGUAUUGGAAGCAAUUAGUCAUAAAAUCUCAUUAUGACCUGUCAUAUGAAGAUAUUAAGGUAAUUUUAGGAACUAAGCAUAUUUUUAUUUUUUUCAUUUGGGGUUACAUAAAAUUAAAGCAUACAUUUCUUACCAAAUAGAACUACUACUGAAGCAAGAUGAGUUUUGCAGUUAAACUACAGAUUAGUUUUUAGGACUAUACUUAAAAAAAUACCUUCAAACCAGGUCUGCCCUCAAAAUUGUUCAGAAAUGCAAAUUGUAGGCAUCAAGAGUAGUUCCUAAAUGUGGCUAACUGUGUAUGCAGCUAGUCAUUCAUGCUCUAAGAGAAAAGAGUCCCACUUUAUAUGUAAAUCAUUAAUUGUGCCUGAAGUAAUAUAAUUUUACAAGCAAUUUUAGGCUAAAAAGAAAACAUGUUCAAACUGAGUGAGUGGACACAUUUAAAAUUUUGACCUUUAAUAAUUACAUUUCACUGGAAAUAAUUUUUCUAAACUAUUAAAUCACAUAGUACUUGGACAUAUCACAAAGUAAUCAAAUGUGGAUUUGAAUUUGCUUCUUUAUUUGUUGAAUACAGUUGUUUAAAUUGAUUACUAAAUUAUCAAUCAUAUUUUGAUAUAAGCUCUAUGAUUCAUGAAUUGUUCUAUUUAAAAUUUUAAGGUAUUGGCUCAACACUGCAUGUAGUUUUCAUAUGAUUUUAUAUGUUCCUUACAUGAAAAUAAGUUAUUUUUACCCAAAUACUUAUGUUUUAUAAUCUAUCUGGAAAUAGUUUGAAAGGUAUUUUGGAAACAGUAUAAUUUCAAUGUAUAUGCAACAAUUUUGUAUUUUUUCUUCUUUAAAUACUAUAUGUUUGUAAUUUAAUCAUGUAAUAUUUAAAAUUUCAAACCUAAUUACAGAUUGAUUUUGCACUUCUUAUGUGUGGUUUUUGAGCAACUAUUACACUUAGGUGGAGGUUUGAAAAACAACUAUGCAGUUCUUAAGAUGUCCAGAAGAUGUCUUUGUUGCCCUUUAGUUUUGACAGUUGAUUUCUUUUUUUUUUUAAUUUAAUUUUAUUUUGUCAAUAUACAAUGUGGUUGAUUAUUGUGGCCCAGGACAGUUGAUUUCUUUAUAGUGUGGUGACAGUCUGCUCAUCACUAUUUAUUACUAAAUUGGUAUUAUCUGCUUUUUCUUUUAUGAUAUGUAUAAAUCAAAUGCUGAAUAUGUUACUUUAGUAAUAAAAAGUAUCUUUAAAAAUAAUAAACCAAGUGUGAAAAAUAAAA